ACUUGAGGCUGCCCUUCCAUUUUCUCUCUGCUUUUUUGUAUUCUCUAACACCCCAAGACUCCUGCUUUGAGGAGUUCCAGUUGCCAGUUGGAGCUUUACAAAACUGGGUUGUGCUUUGUUUUGGUGUUAGGUGGCUAUGGAUACUGAGGAAGGUGAAAUGAAGUCGAGGAUGGAGGAUUAUGAAGUCAUAGAGCAGAUUGGGAGAGGGGCUUUUGGAGCCGCUUUUCUUGUUCUUCAUAAGGGACAGAGAAAGAAGUAUGUGUUAAAGAAGAUUCGUUUAUCUAAGCAAACGGAGAAGUUCAAACGCACAGCUCACCAAGAGAUGGAUUUAAUUGCAAAGUUAAACCAUCCAUAUAUUGUAGAGUAUAAAGAUGCUUGGGUGGACAAGGGAGACUGCGUAUGCAUUGUAACUGGCUAUUGCGAAGGAGGUGACAUGGCUGAGAUGGUAAAGAAGGCCAGAGGACAAUUUUUCCCAGAGGAGAAACUUUGCAAAUGGCUUACUCAAUUGCUGCUAGCUAUUGACUACUUGCACUCUAAUCGUGUGAUUCAUAGAGAUGUUAAGUGUUCAAAUAUAUUCCUUACAAAGGAUAAUGGCAUCCGACUCGGUGAUUUUGGACUAGCAAAGCUACUGAAUACAGAAGAUCUUGCUUCAUCGGUUGUUGGAACUCCAAACUAUAUGUGUCCUGAGCUCCUCGCAGACAUACCUUAUGGCUAUAAAUCUGAUAUUUGGUCGCUUGGGUGCUGUAUGUUUGAAAUUGCUGCACACCAACCUGCGUUUAGAGCUCCUGACAUGACUGCGCUUAUCAAUAAAAUUAACCGAUCCUCCAUUUCUCCUCUUCCAAUUGUGUACUCUUCCACACUGAAACAAAUUAUCAAGAGCAUGCUCAGGAAGAGUCCCGAACAUAGACCAACAGCUGCAGAGUUAUUAAGGCAUCCGCACUUACAACCAUACCUCCUCCAAUGCCGAAAUGCAUCUUCUGUUUUUCUCCCCGUAUUUCCAAUAAACAACUUGAAAGAUAGAACUACAAGGAAAUCACCAUCUAGCAAGCCCAUUGGUGGCAAAGACAGCCGAGACAAAGAAGCGGCAACACCUAAGCAAUUGGAAAAGGUUCAUCCAUUUGAGAUGAGACCUGAUGUUAUACACAGAUAUUCAAUAAAAAUUGCCAACCCGGUAUUCACAGCUAGCACUGAAGAAAAGCUUGAAAAUAAGAGGGUUGAUCCUACUAGCUGUGCCGUGGAAUCAUCUAAUGUCACUGCUGAUCCAAAAGAUGGGCCAAUCGAUCCACAUGCGUAUAAUUGCAAUGGAGAUGACCAAUCUGACCCUAAUAUCUACACUCUGGAGUUAUCGAACACCACUGAUGGAUCAAAAGAUGGACCAACUUAUUCACAAGUGUCUGUUUGCAAUGGAGAUAAGCAAGCUGAUUGUACUAGUCGUACUAGCUGUAGUCUGGAAUUAUCUAAUACCAGUGAUGGCUCAAAAGAUGUGCCUACUGAUUCAGAAGCAUCUGUUUGUAAUUCGGAUAAGCAAGCUGACGCCAUCACUCCCCAAAAGGAAAUUAUCGUGUUCGAUGUUGAAACUACAUCAGAGAGUACCCCAAAUUUUCAGAAUGAAGAACUAGAACCUGCUAGUACGAAAUCCAGACAAUUGCAAGAGGUUGCUCGCAAGACACUGAACUUUGAGGAUGAAAAGACACAUAAAAACCAAAAAGUUCUUGAAGUAGCUAGAAUAGAAGGAGAGGGUGCUAAAGCAGAAAAUUGCAGGGAAUUGGCAAUGGACAGUUCAGGCUGCACCGACAAAGUUGGUUCCCCCAAUGAUAAUUGCUCGUCAUCAGCUAAAUCUGAGGUUGAACCCAGAUAUUGUUUACAAAAGGAAAGUUCUAAGGGACAUUCUGAAGGUGGUCAAAUGGAUUGCUUGUCAUCUGAAAGGAACAAUGAUACUUCAGCACAUGGAGAGAAAGAUGAAGUUGGAAGAAAGGCAGGUCAUAGUAACAGCUCCAUACAUAUUGAAAAAGAGGAUGCUCGCAUGAGUAAUCAGGCACUCAGUGAUGUCUCCUUACUGAGUACACUAACUGCAACUGGUGGUGAUGAUUCCAAGAGUGACUGGGAAAAUCCGACCCAGCAAAGAGCCGAUGCCUUGGAGUCCCUGCUUGAGCUAUGUGCACGGCUACUAAAGCAGGACAAACUUGAAGAGCUCGCCGGGGUACUGAGACCAUUUGGAGAAGAUGCUCUCUCAUCUAGAGAAACUGCUAUCUGGUUAACGAAGAGUCUCAUGUCUGCACAGAAAGAUAAUGGAGGAUCCUAAUUUUUGAUACCGACUUGGCCAUAAUUUAUGCAAAACUGUUCAAAAAGUGAGAGAAAAAGUAUCUAUUUUUAUCAUCUCGACUUAAAUUGUUUGUAAAAAGAGUGGUGUGAAUAUUUAACAUUAAACUUGGAAAUAACAAGAUUGCAGUUGUAAGAGGACAUUGGCAAUAGUUGAAAA